GGGCAAAUGUACUUCUCGGCCAUGGGAAGGGUUAAUUAUCAUACAACUCCUUGUUUUCUGUGGCAGCCCGAGGAUUUUAAUGUCUGCUAACCCCACCACUAACACACAUUCUUUUCGGGGUGGGGGGGGGGAGAAAUGCUUCUGUGCUCUAGUUUUAAAAUGCAAAGGUAUGAUGUUAUUUGUCACCAUGCCCAAAAAAGUCCUUACUUGAUAACUUUGCCAGAAGAGGGAGAGAGAGAGAAGGCAAAUGUUCCCCCAGCUGUUUCCUGUCUACAGUGUCUGUGUUUUGUAGAUAAAUGUGAGGAUUUUCUCUAAAUCCCUCUUCUGUUUGCUAAAUCUCACUGUCACUGCUAAAUUCAGAGCAGCUAGAGCCUGCGCAAUGGAAUAAAGUCCUCAAAAUUGAAAUGUGACAUAGCUCUCGACAAAUUCCCCAUCUCUCUGGAUUCCUCUUCUCCCAUUAUUACUGCUCACCAAUUCAUUUUCAGACUUUGCACUUCAGAAGCAAUGGACAAAUUCAACAGUCUUUCAACACAAUUCUCUAAGUGCUGCCUUUGUGAUUUCUUGAAGGUGAAGAUGCAUACUGUGUCCUCCAUCCAUCUCUUCUACCUGGCCUUGUGUUUGCUCACCUUGACCAGUUCAGCCACGGCAGGGCCCGAGACGCUCUGCGGAGCCGAGCUGGUGGAUGCUCUUCAGUUUGUUUGCGGAGAAAGAGGUUUCUACUUCAGCAAGCCCACUGGAUAUGGCUCUAGCAGUCGGCGUUUACACCACACAGGGAUCGUGGAUGAGUGCUGCUUCCGGAGCUGUGAUCUGAGGCGGCUAGAGAUGUACUGUGCACCAAUUAAGCCAGCCAAGUCAGCUCGCUCGGUGCGUGCCCAACGCCACACCGAUAUGCCCAAAGCCCAAAAGUAUCAGCCCCCAUCCACCAACAAGAGAACGAAGGCUGAAAGGAGGAGGAAAGGUGGGCCAGAGAAACCCCCAGGAGGGGAGCAGAAUAAGGGAAGAGAAGAGAGACAGCAGAGCAGAGGAAAGAAGAAAAAGCAGAGGAGGGAGACUGCAGAUAGAAAUACUGAACACAGAGGAAAAAACAGGAAAAUGGAGAGAAGGAAUAAACAGACAGAGGAAAUACAUUUGAAGAACGCAAGCAGAGGAAGCUCAGGAAGCAGGAACUACAGAAUGUAAGACCUACCAUCCAGGGGCGAAGAAUGAACAUGCCACCUCUGCAGGAUCCUUCUCUGUAAAUAAGUUAUUUGUUCAACAUUGGAAGACUUUAAAAACAAAAACCAAACACACCAGUUGUUUUAAUAAGCUUGAUGAAAAGGCAAAGCAAUGGGCAUUCUCCUAGUGGGGUGGGGGUGGGGGAUGGACUGAGCUAACAUUCCAAUGUUAAACCUCUUUAAAAGACUAGUGUCAACUCCUUGCUAAACAUCUUCCCAGAGCUGCUAUGUUGCUCUCUGAUUCUGUAACUUCUCUAUACUAUCCUGUACAAAAGCAAAACAAAAUAUAUUCCCUUCCUUCUCAAAAGCCCACAAGUCCAUGGGCCUCCAUAGCUGCAAUUGCUCAGAAUCGAUCUAUGAACCCUUGGCUGGGAGAGCAACGCAUUCACCAGCCUUGUCUAAAUGUGCAUGUGUGCAUGUGUGCGUGAGUGCGUGCAUGUCUGUGCGUGUGUGUUUUAUUUUUAUUUGCACUUCUUUAACAAACAACAGGGCUGUUUGUUUUAAUGGUGUCAGAUAACGGUUGUCUGUCUUCUCCCUUCCCUUUCCAUUUGCACGAUGCAAAUACUCUCAGUAGCCAACCCCCAGCAGGAAAGUAACACCAUGAGAUUUUCAAACACACACAGCUUCCCAUCUGUGGCACUUGGACCAAAUAUGGGUUGGAUCCGUUUAGUUUAAAAAGAAAGCUUUCUUUGCUCCCCCCCCUGCACCCCCCACCUCUUCCUCCACAAGCAAGUAGACACAAUUUGCAAAACAAAUUCUUUUGUAGACCCUAGUCCCAAUUUGCUGAGUGCUCAGUGUCUCCUUCUGUGAUCUAAGUCAUUUCUUCCUUUUACUUUUUCACAUGUAAAAGCAGUAUGUAAAAUUUAGCAUAUCAUUAAUACAGAAUAUUAUCAAAUCAUAUGUACAACUCUGUUUUCUAGUACAAUGGUGCUAUUUUGUAGUUUGUUAUAUGAAGGAGUCUGGCCAAAACCGUAACUGGUGAAAGCAAAAUGAAGAAGAGAUGAACAAAGGGAAAAGGAAUUAAAAAAUCCACCUGGUUUUGAUGGAGAACAAAAAACAUUCUUCCCCCCCCCCCAAAAAAAGCAACAAAUUUCUUUCAAAAAUAGAGCUAAAGAUACCAACAAUGAUUAUCUCUUUCUCCAUGAGAGAGUAUUAAGAGAAAUCAAUCCAGCAAAUAGUGUCAAAGGCUAGGAAUUAGAAGUCCUCCCUUUCCUUUCUUAAUUUUGGGGACAAAAUUAUCCUUUUCUCAUCCCAUCCUCAAACUGCUGUGGACUCACCACUGUGUGACCUUGGGCAAGUCACUUCACCACUCUGUGCCUCAGUUUCCUCAUCUGCAAAAUGGGGAGAGUUCUUGUCAUCUACCUACCUCACAGGAGUGGUGUGAGGAUUAAUAAGAAAAGGCUCUCGAUUCUACCACACAACAAUGAAUUGCUGGAGUGAAAGGAAUCCUCUGAAUGGGUGACAAUAUCAUAACCAUGGGAUGCAUUCAUAAAUUACUGUAAGCAUCAAUGUGCUAAUAGCUCACCAGGCUUCUCAGAAAUAUUUCAAAGCACAUGGGAUGUGUUAUAUUUGAGGACUGGAUAGAAUUAUGCAUUCUGAUUUCAACACACAAACAGAAAGAGAGAGAAGAGGAGAAAACAGAGAAAAAGCCAAAUUCGGCCUGAUUUCCGCCAGUAAAGAGGAAGACACGGCUUAAAUUUUCAGGAUGCAAUGAUUCUUUCAGGCAAACAGCCUCCAUUUAGUAAAUGCCUCUGCUGGUGCAUGAAAUGAUCAUCUAGAUAUCUGAAAAUUUUAAUUUGCUCCUUCCUUAUAGGUCCAUGUAUCCCAUGAUUCAAAAUAUUCAAAGUGUCGAAUAAAACAAUCACAGAACUGCUGCCUUGAAUAAAUUUUAAUCUAGCCUCUGACUAAUGCAUCACUAUAGAUGCAUCUUUUUUAAUUCGACUACUUUUCACUAAAUUCAGUAGCUAGUGAGUUCUAAAGCAUUUCCUUGACCAGUCAGAAAAUUUUGUUCCAUGGAAAAAACUCUGUCCAGGAAUCUCUCAUAAAUAUCCUACAAACACUUCCCGGCGUGCCACAAAACGGCUUUCUUAGGAGAGUAGACACUGAGGACAGGCCCACGGAAGCUCAUUUCAGCCUGGUCUCCCCAUUUCAAGCCCCAGGGGUCCUGGUUUCCUAAGACCCUUAAGAGUGUGGCUAUGACAUUCAAGGCUGCUCUGAAGUACAGUUUGGUGGUGUUCGAUCCUGGUCCCACAGUCAGCAGUUUGUCUCCCUAAGGUGCACUCGAGCAUCUCUCUACUGGUCCCUUUCCCCGAUAUUCUAAAGCUCUUUGGUUGUACCUAACAGAGACAUUAAACAGGGGGCUAAGCAACCAGAUGUUAAUUUGGUAGAAUCAAAUCUUUAUUCCCAAUGAAACCUCGAUCAGCAAGCAUUUAUAAAGCUCCUACUGUAUGCCAGGCACUAUGUUCUUUUAAAAAAAAUUUCUGGGGUGGGGGAGGAAGAGGAAAAAAAAUGUCAUAAUGUGAAAAGUCUUGUCAUGCUGCCUCUCUAUCAUUAAUGGGGCUUUGUAAAUAUUCCUUGACUCUUCAAAUCUCAGUUAGAAGAGACCUUCAAGGUCACGUAAGUCUACCCCACUCCCCCAGUGUAAGAAUGUCCUCAAUGAUUAAGCACAUGAACUAGUUGACCUUCACAUCUUUUUCCUCCACUUCCAUGAAAAGCACUGAGCUCUCGGGCCUUUCUUAUGAAACUUACUUUUUCAUUUGAGGGGCCCAUCUCUCCUUUAUGCACUUAGUACGGUCACAUAAUACUGUAACAAAGAGAACAUUCUGGCUCCUCAGCCCACUGGGUCACUUAAAUAGAAAACAGAAAGAGAGUUUUUCAGUCUCUGAGUCCCUUAGUGUCAAUGCACCCUCCCUAAUGGAGGUGGGGGGGGUAUUUUAAAUCAAAGGAGAUCAUGUAUAGUAAAGCACUUUGCAAAUACUUUGUAAAGGUCAGUUGUCAAAUACCAAGUGUUGUUGUUAAAGAACAGAAAAAUACUGCCCUCCCCAUUUAGAGUUAGAUACCUAGAAGCAAAAAUAGUCACCUCUUGAGCUGAUAUUAGGAUAAGAAUCAAUAUUUUAUCUACUCAAUCCGUUCAUUUAGAAAGAUUUCUUUUUUAAAAAAAUAGUCUACAGUAUGUGCUUUUAGGAAUGGGAAGCUAUAAAGAGAAAAAAGAGGAGAAGGAGGAAUGACAGUUUUUUAAAAAACAAUCCUUGGCAAUAGAAUCAAAAUACUUUCUUAAAUCAAUCAAUUGAUCGACAAAAUAUAUUAAGCUCCUACUGUGCACCAGGCACUGUGCUUGUUGCUAGUGAUACAAAGCCAACAACACCACCGACAAAAAUGAAACACUCUCUGCUUUCGUGGAGCUUACAUUCUUUAAGGGGAGACAGCAUGUACCUAUCAGUCAGUCAAUAAGCAUUUAUCAUGCACCUAUUUACAUGCCAGGGAUUGGAGAUUCAAAGACACACAUGCAAAAAGAAACCAUACUGCAUAUCUGACACCACAUCAUUCUGUACUGAAAACAGUGUCAAUUUCCAGUCAAGAAGCUUUUAUUGAGCAUUGUAUUCGGUACCACAAGAGGCUGUACAAGAGAUCAAUCUUGGCCAUUCAUUGAGAGAGUAGUGAUAGACAUUGUAGAUGGCCAACACUCCCUUCCUAAAGAGGCUCUUCAGUGGUGGCAAUACUUUCAAUUCUCCAGCCUCCAGCAUAACUUCCAAGAGACCUUUCCUGAGCCUCCUGACCCAGGAUGGUGCAUGAUACUAUGGGUGUUAGCUAGACCCCAGCUACUGGUCUAUUUGUUUCGUCUACUAACUUUAUACUAGAAAAGAAAAAGAAAAAAUUAUCACCACCCCAAGAAGAGAUUGCCCAAAGCAAAAGAGCCUAAUUGGCAUCAGUUUUGAUCAAUGUGAUUCAAUGAACUCUUUGGGUUCAAAUCCUAACUCUGCCAAGUACUACUUGUGUGUCUUUGGGUCUCAAUUUCUGCAUCUAUAUAAUGAGAUUGAACUAGAUGACCGCUGUGGUCUACGACCAAUCAACAAGCUUUUAUUAAGAGCUUGUGACAUGCAAGGCACUCUCCUAGGUGCUGAUACUACAACUACAAAAAUAGGACUGCUCCUACCUGGAAGGAGCUCACAUCUUACUAUAAUCCCAUACUUUAGCCAUCAUCAAAAGAAGGGAUUCCGAUGAACAGUCAAGCCUGGUAGUAAGCAGACUAGGUGUGGUCUUCUUUCCCAUCAAAAUCUCUCUCUCCCGUGGACACAGAAAAACUAUUGACACUUGCCAGUCUAGAAUACAUGCUAGAGGGUUCAUGGUGGCAUGGUGGCAUUCUGAGCAGAAAUCAAAUCCCUGAUCAGUUUCUGAAAAUUUAAGAAAAUUUGAAUCCUAUGCAGGAGCCAUUUGCAAACUGCCCCUGCUUUUGAGGGGUUAGUUUGUUGGUAUGUAGGAAGUCCCCUAUGCCAGAUGGCUCAAUGGUCUCCAUCAGGAAAAUGUACAUUUCCUAGGAGGCUUCUAGAGGAGUAUAUAGCAGUCCAUCUUGCUUUCCUGUUUACGGAUUUGGCCAGCAAUGCCAAAGUGGUGCUAUUGUUUGUUUAAGAAAGUACUUGACUAAAAACACAAAAGAAAGCAUAGAAAUAUUUUUUUAAAGUAUUGAAAAAAACCAAUGAUUCUAUAGAUGUAAGGCUUAUUGAAAUAGAAUUAGGUCUAGCCAUCACCUUUCACCUUUUUUUUAAUCACUCACAAGUAGCAAAGCCUCCAAAUGGUUAACUUGGGGGCAGGGGUAGAACUUGGACAUUAAGGUCAGCAUAGGCCCUCCAUGACUUUGUAGGCUCUUGAACUUGGAAAACUCAUCAGGAUAUUAAUAGAACUAAAUACCUUGGCUCAAGACACAAACAUAAGUGAAAGACAGCAUUUCUAAGUGAAUGGCAGAGCUCAAAUAGAGGUACAGUCAAGGGCUGGUUGCCCUGUUAUCUGCUCCCAAGUCAGAAAGUCAAAAGAGAGGAGCAAAUUAGGGGUGUGGGUGGGGAUGUGCAGUCACUGCUAAGAAUACCUUCUCCCCUUUCUCCCUAUGACAUUCUUCAGCACUUUCCCAUUCAUGAAAGAUGUUCACCCUUCAUUUAAACAUCUCAAUGAGCAUUUAGCCCUUCUUCAUAUAGAAAGCAAAGUCUCUGAUCUUUGCAAGGAGCCAUGCCACAUAGCAUUUCCAAUGUGAGACAUAGGUUAUCUACUGAUAAAGGUAAAAAAAAGAGGACACUUAUGAGAAAGAGUUGAAAGAUAUGGCUAACAAUCUGUGAAGUUUUUUUAAACUUUAUAUUGUCUUUAUGAUUAUCUUAAUGUGCAAAAAAAUGACUAAGUUCUUUCUUUCAUUUUUUUUCCUUUUUUUGGAAUAAGGGGUAGUAAGUUAAAACCCAAAUAGUCUUUGAAACUAUAGGCUAGUUAGGAAAAAUGUAUGUUUGACUUAAUGAAGUUAUAAUCAGUCUAUUUAAGAUAGUUUGCAUUUAUUUUUUAGUAUUAAAGCAAUUGUACUAAUUUAUUUGAGAGGUACUUGCUAUGGUUGGCUCUCUAUGAGAACACUGCUUCCCAUCCAAAGCAAGCUCAAAAAGUGCCAUGCCUUCUUUCCAGUCUGCCCACUGGCAAAUCUGUUCAGUGCCAUUGAUUUCAAAAUUCGACCAUUGUAUUUUUUCCAUCUUCUCACCCCACCAAUCACACACACCUAUAGUCACAAAGGCCUGAUCAUGCCUCAGUGAAACUGACCACAUAUGAUGUAUUUUCAUUAAGAAAAAGCUAAAAGGAAAGCUGUUAAGGUUUUGUUCCUGUUUGUUUGUUUAUUUUUACCAAUGCUAAUAUUUAAUCCUAUAGUAUACACUUUGCUUGCUACUAUUUUACUUGUUUUUCUUUUUCAUAAAAAAAAAAGCUUUCCUUUCCAAAGUUAGAACCUGACACAUAUCAGUCUUUUCUUUAUGAUUCCUACCCCCUCCCCAAGAAAUGGUGGGAAGAAUGGCUGGAGUUCUCAUACAUCAUGCAGAGUAGAAAGAUUUCCAUCUGACAAUGAACAAGAUGACCAAGAAGCCUUACGUUGAAAGCAUAGAGGAUUGGAUUUGGUUUCCAUCUGUUCUGUUUUGCAUUGUCCUUUUUUUUCCCCUUCCAGUUAACAUGUUGGUGGGUCUUCUUAGGAAGGGUAAGGGCAGACUACUCUAGAAGUGCUGAGCUGGAAAAGACUGUUUAGAAUGAUCAGCUGAAACUUUUCUUUGUAUCUACUCCUUUUCCAUACAUUAUUAUAAACAAGUCACAAGUGUGAGCAGAUGCUCACCUUCCAUUCUUCAUUGGUCCUUCUUAUGCUCUUCUUUCUGCAAAGGGAAAGAGUAUCUCCUUUUUUUUUUUUAAAGACUCUCCCUGUGUUACAAGAGGAAGACAUAAGAGCAAUUGUCCCCAUUGCCUGAUAAUAAAACAAACUAAAGAUGUUAAGUCUUUGUCAGAGAAUGUCGACUGAAUCCCAUCUGCCAUUUUGUACAUGGAAGGCCACCAUUAUUUGACCUGGCAUGUCUUUUGGCCCAAAUCAUGUAUGAAAAUAGUUCUUCAUCUUUUGCCCAAAAUGCACCAACUUUGAAGCUAGGAACCAUCUUUUUCCAAGACCCACCUAAGAGCUUGAUUCCAUUCAUCUUUUUUUUUCCAUCUUGUUUUGCUCUGCCAUCUCUGGUCACUCUUAAAAUAAAUACAACUGCUGAUAAUCACCCAGCAGGAGUGCCUCUCAAACCCAACCUAUUUACCAGCCUUUUUUUUUUUUUGCUAUAUCUCAUUAUAACUCCUAUUCAGAGUAAGAUUAGCAAAAGCUUUCCAAUGUCACUUACCAUGUAUCCAGUUUACACAAGGGCUCCAAGCACUAUACAAGAUCCUCUUUGGAUAAGGAGAGUUAAUGAAGUAUGAAGACUAUGGUUCUACCUUGCAUUUUGCUUCAUUAUAUUUUUAUCACUUUUCUAAGGCCAAGUGUGCUAAACAGAUCCCCUGGCACUGAACCCAUACCUUCCCUGCUACUUUGUAACCUAAAAAUGGCAAUCGAUAGUUCAUUAUGAUAUGUCUUAGCUAAAAAAAAAAAAGCAUAUUUUUCAAGAAAUUAAUCCUGAUUGUAUUUGAAAUUAUUAUUCAAUUCAUUUAUGGUGAAGGAAUAUUGAUCCUGAUGACUUCUAAAAAUGUAACUAACUGAAUCAUUAUCUUUCAUUUACUGUUGUAAUAAGCAUAUUUGGAAAAUGUACGGCUAGAGAGUCAUAAUAAAGUGAUAUUAUCUUCCUUUUCUUUAGUAAUUACAUUAAAAUUAAUCACGUUUGA